AUGGGCGGCAAGAAGAUUAAGAAAGACAAGCGGCAAAAGCGCGAAGAUUACCGGGCGGCGAUGAGGAAGGAUGACAUCUCGGAAUUGCCCAGGAAGAAGUUUUACCGCCAAAGAGCCCACGCCAACCCGUUCUCUGACCACCAAUUGAUCUACCCCCCACACCCCGACCAGAUGGACUGGUCCUCCCUCUACCCACACUAUGUCGUCGACGAGCCGCAAGACCAGCCAACACCACCCGCCCCCGAGACCCCAUCCUCAGAACAACAUGACCUCGCCCCGCUCCGACCCAAAAGGAUAUCCAAGGAGGUCGAGGUCGCAGACAUCGGGUGCGGCUUCGGCGGGCUCCUCAUCGCGCUCGCGCCGACGAUGCCGGAGGCGCUGAUCCUGGGGCUGGAGAUCCGGGUGUCGGUGACGCACUUCGUCGAGGACCGCAUCAAGGCGCUGCGGGCGCAGAACCACGAGGCCGGCCUGUACCGCAACGUGGGCGUGCUGCGCGCCAACACCAUGAAGUUCCUGCCCAACUUCUUCCGCAAGGCCCAGCUCGCCAAGGUCUUCAUCUGCUUUCCCGACCCCCACUUCAAGGCCCGCAAGCACAAGCAGCGCAUCGUCUCCGCCACCCUCAACUCCGAGUACGCCUACGUCGUCCGGCCCGGCGGGAUUGUUUAUACUAUCACCGACGUGCCGGAUCUGCAUGAGUGGAUGGUGCAGCACUUUGACGCGCAUCCGUCGUUUGAGCGCGUGUCUGAGGAGGAGCAGGAGGCGGAUCCGUGCGUGGCCAUCAUGCGCACCGAAACGGAGGAGGGGAAGAAGGUAGAGAGGCAUAAGGGGCAGAAGCAUGUGGCGCUGUUUAGGAGGUUGGAGGAUCCUGCUUGGUGA